GACUUGGAGCAGCGCUGAGAUCCCAAACCAUUGAUCUUUCUGUCUUUUUCACCAAACGCCGUAGGGCUACAUGCCGGGGAUUGCAGGAAAUAUUAAAUUUCUACCAGACAAUGGGAGUUUCUUCUUAGCUGAUUCCAGAGAGACUGCAUGGGACUCAAAUUGUCGGAAGAAGCGCCGCGCGCGUACCAAACCAAUGAACAAGCCUUUUUGUCCACGCGCUCAGGACCGAAUACAUUCUAUCGGCGCAGCUACUUCUAGCACAGCACAGAAUAACUAUUGUAGCAAGAGGUGACUGAUAAGGCAAGUGUUUUCCUUCCAUACAGACACAUUUUCAUAAGGCACAGCUGGUUGAGCUUGCUGUUUUUGCCAUCAUUUGCUAAACAUAAGGCAGCUUAUUCCAAAUGUCUCUUUGAAUUCUGAAUGGCUGUCUGAAGGGGAAUUGUACGGCUGCAGGACCAAGCCAUCGGGAAUGCCAUUUGUUCAGGAGCAGCAUAAACGAGCUUUGUGGCGUGGUGUUUUUUUCCUGGGGACAGGUGCCGUUGUGUACGUUGUUGGGUGGGGGUUAGUUCUCGGGGGUUUGGACAUACAAGCAGCAACGCAGUUGUCUUAAGGAUGUCAGAUCAGGGAUCGGGUCUGCACGGAGACAGGUGCGAAAGAAAGGAGUAGAUUUCUAACGGACCCCUCCUCUCCUCUCAGUCAUUCUGGAUUAUUGUCCCGUGGUGGCGAGUCAUUGACAAAGAAUCGGACGCACCUUUUCCCCACGACUGUUAUCGUGCCAGAGCUCCGCUGCCAUGACGACGGUGGUCAAACCUCUCAUCUGGCUCUUCUGGUUGCUGCGGUUGGUUUGUGCAGCCUUCCCUGAGGAACCGGGACCCCUGAACUUCAUCCACACUGAAGUGGUGAGACGGUAUCCUCUGUUUCUGGGACGACCUCAUCGCUCGUCUCUUAGACAGGAGCCCUUGCACAUUCAGAGAAUCCUGCAGGUCAAUCGUACCCUUUACAUUGGAGCCAGGGAUGACCUUUUCCGUGUGGAGCUGGACAACGUGGUGGGAGAAGAAAUGUUUUACAGCAAGAAAAGAACAUGGGAAUCCAACAAAAAUGACAUCAGAAUCUGUAGAAUGAAGGGAAAACAUGAGGAUGAAUGCCGUAACUAUAUGAAGGUUCUGCUCAGCCGGCAAGGCGGAUUGUUUAUCUGCGGGACCAAUGCCUUCAAUCCAUUAUGUGCCAACUAUACAGGAGACACUCUAGAGAUGGUUGCUGAAACGGUCAGUGGGAUGGCUAGAUGCCCUUAUGACCCAAAGCAUGCCAAUGUGGCCCUGUUUGCAGAAGGCAAUCUCUACACUGCAACAGUGACUGAUUUCCUGGCCAUCGACGCCGUGAUCUACAGGAGUCUGGGGGACAAUCCUGCCCUGCGAACAGUGAAACAUGACUCCAAAUGGUUUAGAGAGCCAUUCUUUGUAAGUGCUGUGGAAUGGGGGCCGCAUGUCUACUUCUUUUUCAGAGAGAUGGCCAUGGAGUUCAACUACUUGGAGAAGGUGGUUGUGUCUCGCGUGGCACGUGUUUGCAAAGACGAUCAGGGCGGUUCACAGCGCGUGUUGGAAAAGCAGUGGACGUCGUUUCUGAAGGCGCGGCUGAACUGCUCCAUCCCAGGAGACUCCCACUUCUACUUCAACCUCCUGCAUUCCACCAGUCCCAUCAUCCGCAUGCAUGGCAAGGAUAUCAUCCUCGCUGUCUUCUCCACACCCUCCAACAGUAUUCCUGGCUCGGCGGUGUGUGCCUUUGACAUGGAGCAGCUGGCUGGAAUAUUUGAUGGAAGAUUUAAAGAGCAGAAAUCGCCCGAGUCGAUAUGGACACCUGUUCCAGAUGAGUUUGUGCCCAAACCAAGGCCAGGUGGUUGUGCUAUACAGGGACCUAAGUUCAACUCCUCCAACUCUUUCCCUGAUGACAUGCUGACUUUCGUCAAGACUCAUCCAUUGAUGGAUGAAGCUGUUCCAUCAUUGGGCCAAAGACCCUGGAUCAUUAGGACUAUGGGCAGAUACCAGCUGAACAAAAUGGUGGUGGACACAAACGCUGGUCCCUAUGGCAACCAGACAGUCCUUUUCUUGGGUUCCAGUCGAGGGACCAUCCUCAAAUUUCUUGUCACCCCCAACAGGGAUAACACCGUUUCGAACAACAAUGUAUUCCUAGAGGAACUAGAAGGCUACAACCCAGACAGGUGUGGGCCGGACUCUCCUCAGGCCAGGCAGCUACUCUCUCUCACCCUGGACCACAUCAGUCACAGCCUGCUGCUGGCGUUCCCCUCCUGUGUAAUCAAAGUGCCUGUAGCACGCUGCCAGCUCUAUUCCCGCUGCAUGAAGACCUGCAUCGCCUCACGGGACCCCUACUGCGGCUGGACCAGAGGAAGCACUUGCUCUUUCCUCCGUGCAGGUACCAGGCUUCCCUUCGAGCAAGACGUCGAGCACGGAAACACUUCUCACUUGGGUGACUGCGACGUGGAAAGGAGGAGGCGAGAAGCGAGGUUUCCCGGUUCAGGUCUCCUGCAGGAGAGUUUCAUAGAGGAACCAGAUGGCUUGGUGUCGGUGAACCUGCUAGUGAUGUCUGCAGUUUCAGCAUUUGUCACUGGGGCAGCGCUAUCAGGUCUGAUGGUGUGUUGGAUAAUGAGCCUUAAGCACCGCCAGCAUUCCAGAGGAGGUGCAUCUGGCUUGGGGACUCGCCGCAAGGGUGACAAGGAGCAAAGCAUGCUAGGACACGGCCGCAGUGGUUCUGUGAUCAGCGUGACACGCAUCAGCGGUGGCGAGCGACCUCGCUCGCAAAUGGAGACUAUGUUCUCCAAUGGUUGGCCAAAGUCUGGGGAGAUAGACCCAGGACUUCCCACUCCAGAGCAGACCCCACUACAGCAGAAACGUCCCACUCCCAACGUUCACCUUACAGACUGCGAUUGGGACCAGACCCAUACUUUCCUGACCCAAACAGGGACACCCUGCCCAGCUAACUCCGCAGUCAUAUACCUGAGCUCCAAAUACCUGCGACAGGAGGGAUCAGGCGAUGUUCCCCCACAUUCAGAGCGCCAGCGCUAUCUUAUCCUCUCCCACCCACCCAGCCAAAGGGAGCAGGGCGGGCGACCAUCUGCCCCAACAACCCGCAACUCUGCUGGGGAGUACAACUAUCCAGCCACCCCUCAGGACUCCCCUGACUGUAGAAGGGUGGUGUCAGCACCCACCACGCAGAUGGACUAUGGCGAAAAUAUGCGUUGGUCCCGUGACGGACUCAACUUUAAUACCAACAACGCAACUCCUUCUGGCCACCACCCCUAUCCAAUUCAGCCACGCACAAAUGCAGCAUUAGUGCGGCCAGGGUUCCAUACCCAGCGGGGGCUUGGUGAGCUACAGGACUUUAGCCAUCUUCUGGUGAAAAGUGUAAGUGAGCGCAGUUCUAAUGGGCAAUGACUUUCCAGGCCUGUUCACACCCUUCAGAAUCCCAUUACCCUCAAGACUUAGACAAGACUCACUGUCCUUCUGUAAUCCUGCCCUACCUGUCCUCCCUCACUGCCUACCAGUGUCUUUAAAACCCCCCACCAGUGGCUGAGCACUAGGACUACAGAUAUUACAAAUCGGCCAUAUAUUACCCGGGUGAAAGAGAACGAGAGUUAAUGGUCGAUGGUGUUGAAGCUACAGCCCUCAAGGCUGCUCACCCAUCCCAUGGCAUGUUGCCACUUAGCACGUUAGCACAUUAGCGGCUUUUAUCACGCCCUGUGUAAUGAAAUGGAAGGAUUGGUUUGGAAUAUUUGUUGGGUGAUGGGAUGAGAAAUACAACAUAAUCAUAAUCCUGCGAACGACUGUGUUUACUCUUUAGCAAACAGAAGCAGUCGCAGAUUGUCUCUCUAUGUAAUCUCACACCCUGUAAACCAUUCAGUGGAUGCAAUCUGUUUCGUUUUCACCUUUUUUUUUUUUGCUUUACUUUUGUACCUGUAGAUUACAGGCAACUGUGUGCAUCCUGGGGCCUUUGUCAGACAAACCCUGACAAACUUCCUUGUGUUUGUUUGUGUGUGUAAGAACCAGCCAAACCUGGGUUAAGCCUGAAAGAUUUGUUCAUCGGCCAGACUUAAUGUGUACACAGAAACCCACAUGGUCGACCAGCACUGGAGUUUCAUAAAUCAAUUGCCUGAUCUGAUGUCAACUGACUGACUACCCCUCUCCCCAACCCCUGUUAAGUGUAAGGAAGCAAUCAAGACAACUGCCAUUUGACUUUAUCUAAAGACCUGUGUGCUGUUUUAUCAGAUGCAGACGGGUGAAGAAGAGCGUUUGCCAACAAUCAUGGAUGAAUCAACCCAUGCUUUCUGGACACCAGCAUUAGUAGCACAGAAAGCUGCUAUUGAUUGAAAGAGCAGGGAAGCACUGUUGAAAUUAGUAUUAUUGUGUACAGGGAUGUACUGUUUGUUAUUGGGUGGACCCAUUUAUUUUGCAUUUCCAAAACUAAGUUAAAUAUUUUGGUGUUAUUGUGUUAUGUACACAUUUGCAAGAGAAGUGAAUUGGGGUAGUUCACAGCAAACGUGUUAUUGCAUCCAUCUGCACCGUUUAACCAUUGUUUUUAUGUAAACAUGCCAUGUCUCUAGAUGCCUACAUGCUGUAAUAUUCAUUGUGCUGCAUCUAGCUUUUUAAGAAAAACGUGUUCUGUCUGAAAGGACCCUUAGCGGAGCAUCUGAAACAGUUUCUCUGUCUCUCUUUGGCUUCCUUCUCUCUGCAGUCCUUUGACUAGAAUGUGAGCUUGGUUGUCUGAGCAGAGUCAGGCUGCUAGGGAGCUGCAUUCAGAAUGUCUCAGUAACAGUGGGCCUCUUUGUGCAGCCCAGCCAGAGAAGACCAUCCUAACAACAAAUAGCCGUUAAGAGUCAUGGCCUCAGAGAGAUCAAGCCAACGGCCCAGCCCAGGAGAAUGUCAAUGAGGAGCCAGACAGAUCGGACAGAUCUGGGUCCCCACUCACUGCCAGCUUUCACAAGCCACACAGAAUCAUGGGGCAGAUUGAAUACAAUGUUACAUUUAGAUGGAGAGCAAACAAAAUCAAACCCUCAUGGCUCCCCAUGGCACUGUGCCCAUUUAAACUAUUGUUCGGGAUCCUCUGGCUCGCUUUUGAUUAGUGUUUGUUUCAGGGUUGAAAACCGCACAGGAGGCAUGAAAGAAAAAGUGAAAUUUUCAAUUCAUUCACCUCUCACUGAACAACGUUAUCUCUGCUUUCUUCCCGUGAGGGAACCCAUAAUUCACCUAGCAUUACACCAAUGUCUCCAGUAGAGGGCAUUCCUGCACAUUAAGAGGAUACCUAAAGGAACAGUUCAUCCAAAAAUGAAAAUUAUCUCAUAAUUUACUUCCUUUCAUGUUGUUGACUUUUUCUCUUUGGUGGAACACAAAAGAUGAUGUUGGGCUUUCAUUGUAUUGAACAAAGAUGCAAUGAAGGUGAAUUAUGACGGCUAAAAUUCUGCCUAACAUCUCCUUUUGUGUUAAAUGGAAGAAAGAAAGUCAUACAGGUUUAGAACAACAUGAGAGUAAGUAAAUUGAUUAUUCUGGAUUAAAUAUAAUACUCGACGCCUGACAGGGUUUGACAUGUCAUGGUCUAACCUUUCAUGAUAAGGCUCCUCAUCCCCUCACUGAGGCCCUCUACAUGCUGAAAAAACCUGCCCACCCAUGCGUGUUCUCGCCCGCCCUCCCUCCCUCCCUCCCUCUCUUGUGCUUUCUCACUCUGUUGCACCAUUAGGCAGAACAUGCAUGAUUACGCUAAGUCUAUCUUGGCUUGAUAAGGCCUAGAGAUGAUCAUGAGAGACGUGGAUGUGCAGAGAUGCAGGCACCCACUUGCUUACUCACAGUUCUUUAAAGCCAGAAUUUAAAAAGAAAUUACAUUAGAUGUGGGCUGAGCAAGAAAGAGAAGCCAUCAAUCAAGUAAAGAAGCACAACCAGUCCAAGUCAUCUUCCAAAAGAUUUGACUGCAUUUCAUGAUGUAAUAUUACCCAGAAUAACCCUGAACCCUAGGGACAACCACAAAAUCAGUGUUUUGUUAUUAUUAUUAUUAUUAUUAUUAUUAUUAUUAUUAUUAUUAAAGGGAUAGUUCACCUUAAAAUUACCCUCAUGUUGUUCCAAACCUGUAUGACUUUUUUUUCUUCAGAAGAAAAGGAGACACAAAAGGAGAUGUUUGGCAGAAUGACAACGUCAUUCACCAUUUACUUUCAUUGUAUGGAAAUAAAAUGCAAUGAAAGUGAAUGGUGACAGACCUUAAUAUUCUACCUCUCCUUUUGUGUUUCAUGGAAGAAAGAAAUUUAUAUAGCUUUUAAGCAACAUGAGCGUGUGAAAAUGAUUAUAUAAUUUUCAUGUUUGGGUGAACUAUCCCUUUAACGAGUGAUAUUUACCCCUUGGAAUUGACUGUCAAGGACAUAUUAUUACCUCUAUGAGAAUAGAAUAUUAUGAAAUAUAUAAAAAGUAUCAAAAACAGAAGAAUUCAUUACAGGGGUGUUUUUGACCCAACAUUUUAAAUAUCUGUGCCAUUUUUGUCACUUACAGUGGCAUUUUUGUCCCAAUCUCUAGUUAAUUUCUGACACUGCACCAAACAUAGUUGAUUCUUAUUGUGCAGCUCUGUACACAAUUGUGUGUCUCUUAGCACUGCCUGGGUUCAUUCACAAUAUAAAAAAUGGACUUAAUUUGCUGUGGAACUCUAUAAAACGUGUUUCCUCAAAAAUAAAAAUAAACUAGAUUUGUUUCACUGUUUUUCUAUGUUGUAACCCUCUCAAGCAAGAAAUGGAGCUAGCCAUAAAAACUCUGCCUUUGUUUUGUUUGGACAGAACUAUAUCUAGCACAUGUUUUAGAAAGCAUACUUUCCAUUUUCCAAUUAAAAUGCUGACCAUGAACAGUGAGGACAGUGUGCUCGAGGCAUUCUCAUUGUCAGAAUAGCUGUUUUUCUUUUUCUUCUUUGUCUUUGAAAGCCCAGAUUUUUACACGCCCCCAGCCACAAACUGCCAGAACUAAUGGGCCACCCUUAAAGAGAAUGUGCGAAAGAAAUGGUUUGUUUAGAAAUGACAUGCUUUCACUCUGCAAAACCUGACAUCUGACAACAAGCAAAAACAGAGUCAAUGGAGCUCCAAAUACCUGCAUUUUUGUAAAAUUGUAUUGAAUAUAAUAGCCAGUACUGAUAUCUUCAUUUUUAUAUUUGUUUGUUUUUGUGGUAAUGUUUUAGAUUUAUGGUUUAUGAUUUCAUGCAAGUGAUUUAAGUUGCUCUCUGGUGUGUGAAGUUUAUUGAUGAUGACAAUGAUUAUGAUUUUGCUGCAACUGUGACCUGAAUUUCAGUGUGUGAUCCUGGUUCAUGAACUGUGCAAGGCGAAUUUCUCAAAAAAAAAUUCUGAAAGAGAGAGAAGAAAAAAAAACUUUUUACAAAAGAGCCAAGUCUUCUGUUAACCGUGAUGGACUUCUGUUCUGUCUCACGCUGGAGGCUGUUCGUGUUAUCGGGUCCAUUGUCAUUAAAUGACAAGUUGUGUCCCCUUCACUGUACAUAAUAAUUUCAGUGCUUAAAUGUAAUUUAAGUGAACUAUCUGCAUGAACACAGCCUCGGUCUGACUCCACAGAUGUAGUGUGUACUUCUACACAACAUGCUACUGUGUGGCCUAAUAUUGUAAACCAAUCAGACAGUCAACUGCAUGCUUUUGAAAUCAACAGCACAAAUUAACACAAAAGGACAUAAAUACACAAGCGCACAAAAAAGAGAUCACACACACACAUGCGCGCACUCAUAUUUUUGCAUUUGACAACUCAUUGUCAACAGUCAACAGUUUUGGCUGUCACUGAGCAUGGAGACGGUGCUCUGUUUUAUCAUUUCCUGUUCUAAUAAACCAAGAACCUGACUGCA